AUGUCUUCCCAUGGAAAAAAGCGCUCUAAGAAAUCUGUGGCAGCAACACCCUGUGAGGACCCACGUCUUAGAAUCUUUGACUUUAAUGAAGACAAUGAAGAUCAAAACCUGAAUUUUUUUGAAGAGAGUCAUCCUAGGAUGGAAACCACUUCGUCAGAAAAAGAUGGUGAUGUGAGUGGUAAAGUACAGAAUAUGAUGAAAAACUUUGGAGCUCACAUUAACAAGGCUGUUGUUGCUAAGACACAAAGAAUGGAAACUUCUACUGAAGCAUCUUUCCAGGCUGGUUACCAGAAAAUCCAAGAAACUUUCAAAGCAGAACAUGAGCUAAUGCAGAUGCUUCACAAUGAAUAUGGUCAGCAGUUUAAGACUCUGUUUCAACAGUGGGAUUCGGAGAUGCAGAAAUUUAAGGAAAAGCAAGAAACCCUAACUAAACUUACUAAAGAACAAGAAAAACUUUUUCAACAAGCUAGAAUGGUUCAGAUGCAGAGAAAGAAAACAAUUGUACAGGUACAUGAGGAGUUCCUAAAGAAUUUGGAGGACUUAGAGAAGAAUGGUGAUACUCUACUUACUAGUACUCUAAAGGGACUUAAAGAAAGUAUGACUGUGCUACAAAAACAGAUUAUGACAAAAACUCAGGAGCAAGAAAUGGCAAACAUUCGAAAUUCUAUCCAGUCCAUGCUACAAUAA